AAAUCCUGAAAGGGAGAGAGAUGGUAGCAGAGUCUCUAGAUGCUGGGCAUCAGCCUUGUGCCCACAGCCCCCUCUUCUCAUCUCCGCAGGAUGUGCAGGUCCCUGUGUGUCCUCUCUGCAACACCCCAGUCCCCGUAAGGCGGGGGGAGAUGCCCGAUGUCGUGGUGGGGGAGCACAUUGAUCGUGACUGCAAGUCUGACCCUGCACAGCGCAAGCGCAAGAUCUUCACCAACAAGUGUCUGAAGCCCGGCUGCAAGCAGAAGGAGAUGAUGAAGGUGAUAUGUGACCAGUGUCACAAGAACUACUGCCUCAAGCACCGGCACCCCCUGGACCAUGACUGCAGUGGGGCAGGGCGUCCCCUCUCCAAAGCUGGACACGCUGCAGUUGCAAGAGCUGAGGCAUCCUCUUCCAAAGCAGUCACUGUGUCAAGCAGCGGAGCUUCCCGGCCAGCAGACAGCCCCUCUGCUCCAGCCUCUGCCAGAGGAGGCAGAGCAGCCACAUCCCAGACUCGCAGCGCCUCUCCUCCGGCUGUCCUGCUGCAGAACGGACUGAGCGAGGAAGAGGCGCUGCAGCGAGCUCUGGAGAUGUCCCUGGCAGAGUCAGCACAGAGCUCUGUGCAGCCACCCAGCACGCAAGAAGAGGAAGAUCUGGCACUGGCCCAGGCACUGUCAGCGAGCGAAGCUGAGUACCAACAGCUACAGCGACAGGACAGAGGAAGAAGCCUAUCUUCCCUUGCUCACCGUGUGCUUCUUCCUGUUCCAGACGCAUGGUUCAAAGCCAUCAAACUGCAGCAUGUCCUAGGCCUGCAAGGGCAGGGUGUGCCAGCAGAUGUGGGAGCCUGCUUGUGACCUGAGGAACGGCUGUGGCCUCCCAGUUGAGUGCUGUGGAGUUCUGGCCUGGACACUGAUAACAGGAGCCCUUUGCCAGGGACAGCUGAUCUCCCUGGGGGCUGUAAGCAAGCUAGCAAACACACUCUGGCAACACAGCCCUGUAGAAAAUCGAUGCAGCAAAUUGCUGACACUGCUGGAGAGGUGGAGGCUGUUGUGGAACAAGGCCCAGCACACACUGACCAAAGCAAGCAGCAGCCCAUAGCGUGCACUUAGCCCACAGCUGCUGUUGCCGUGUCCUGGGGCUGCAGUGCUGGUGGGAUUAUGCACUGUGGAUGGAGGUGAGGGCACAGCUAGCCUGCAGGGGAGGAGUUGCGUGGGGACAUCUCUGUGUGCUUGGACAUACAGCUGGGAUGUGGCUGCCUGCUGCGCUAACAGGGGCCUGGAUUUCAUGCUCCAAGGAGGGUCCAGCCAACCUCUCAGCAGAUGGCAGCAGUGGCUGGAAAGGUCUCUCGCUGUGGGCAUGGCUCAGCUGAAUCUGCCACUGUUUGGCAGUGCCCUUCCCUGCUCCCCGUGUCCUCGCUGCCUCCCCUGCUGUUUGCAUGCAUAAGACCACAUUGGGCCUUACCCGACUUGGCUUGGGACACUUGUCUGCACAGGGCUAGGACCUCUCUGAGACCGAAUGAAGGCAUGUUUCCUUUCUGAUUUAAUUUAACAAGGAUCGUGAACUGAAAA